AUGGUUGGUCUCUUUCCAAACCAGGCCGUUGUAAGCCAGUCCUUCCUGCCAACAUCGCCAUUCUACAAGCCCACUCCGAGUCCGGCUCCCCAUCCACAAAAACGUCCUCUCUUCUCAGCAUGGAGCGCUGCCGAUACAGUCAAGGAUAAGGCCCACCAAUUAAGUGCCGAAGCUCAACGAGAGUACGAGGUUGCUAGCCAGAAAGCACAGGCUAAAGCUGGUAAGAUCGAGCUCUACUCGGGCAAGUACUAUGCUGCCUGUGUGGUUGGCGGUAUCCUUGCUUGCGGUACAACCCAUACGGCUGUUACACCCCUCGAUCUUGUGAAAUGUCGAAGACAAGUUGACUCGUCGUUGUAUAAGGGCAAUAUGGAUGGAUGGAGCAAGAUUUACAGAGCUGAAGGCUUACGCGGCAUCUUUACUGGUUGGGGUCCAACAUUCGUGGGAUACUCAGUUCAAGGUGCCGGCAAGUAUGGCUUCUAUGAAUACUUCAAGCACUUGUAUGCCACUCUUGCUGGCGAAGAAGCUGCUGCCAAAUAUAAAACACUUCUGUUCUUGUCUGCCUCAGCAUCGGCUGAAUUGAUUGCGGAUGUUGGUCUUUGUCCUUUCGAGGCCGUCAAGGUUCGCAUGCAGACUACAAUUCCACCAGUCUUCAAUGGCACACUGCAAGGUAUCAACUACAUCACUGCGAGAGAGGGUACAAGCGGCCUCUACAAGGGUCUCUACCCACUAUGGGGUCGGCAGAUACCUUACACCAUGAUGAAGUUCGCUUCAUUCGAAAACAUUGUCGCUGCAAUCUACGGCUACCUUCCUGGCGGUAAAGAAGAUUACGGCAGGGGAGCCCAGACCGCUGUCGCCUUCACUGGUGGUUACCUCGCUGGUAUUCUAUGUGCUAUUGUCUCUCAUCCUGCAGAUGUCAUGGUUAGCAAGCUUAAUGCUGAUCGACAGCCUGGUGAGGGAUUCGGUGCUGCUAUGUCUCGCAUCUACAGCAAGAUUGGAUUUGGCGGUCUCUGGAACGGUCUUCCAGUCAUGAUUGGUACCUUGACUGGCUUGCAAUGGAUGAUCUACGACUCGUUCAAGAUCUUCAUGGGUCUUCCAACAACGGGUGGUGGCAGCAAACAAACGGAUCAGAUAAAGAAGACUGCUGCUUAG